GACUCUGCAUUGCUAUUGGCUGUGGGCCUUAUGCAGCUGCUUGUCAACAAGAUGGCCUUCCUCCUCCUGCCGUUUUGACACUGAUUAUUUUGGUAUCCCCGAGAACAUACCGUAAAAGCUUGUGUCACUUCUAAAUAGAUAGUAGGAGAGCGACUGCUCAGAGUCCUAACAAGGUGUACAGUCAGCUAGCCUUUGUUCAGACAACUGACAGGCACACAAGCCUGAAGCCUCGGUAGCAGCCAUCACUAGACAAGGUUGAUAACAGAAAGUAGCUGCUGGCUAAUGUCGACGUUAGCCAGCGAGUGAGCUAGCUUAGCUACGUGGACACGGAUCGUCAACUCGUGUCACCUGCAUUUCACCAGACAAACUGUUUAGGUUAAAACGAAAUACAGCGAGGAAACACUUGUCAUCGGCAGUUUGCAAGUCAAGAAGGUUGUCCGUGGAGAUUAACGCUGCUAAGGUUGUAUGCCCAGUGUUGCUGGUGAGCUCGGUGACAGACCGUGCCCAUCAGGUUGGCACUGAGACAGGGAGCCGACAAUGAGAGCUCUGGCUCUGGGUGUUUGCUGGCCAGCAUAGAUGCCGAUAUGCCCCGGUGGUCCGCAUCCUGAUGGACAGAGACACCUUCUCCCACAUUCGUCUGUGGUGCCCACGCCCCUUUGGCACCUACUCCCAGAACAAAGCAAGGAGCCCAGGCUCAGGGGGCAGCGGUGGAGGCGGUGGUGGGACAGGGUCCCCGUCCCUCUGCAAGGCUGAACCCUCUCCAGAUGCCAGAAGGACUGUGGAUGGAAGUGAAAAUGGGGGGAUGAUAGUGGGGGUGCAGGAAGAGAAUGGAGAAGAGGACGAUGUGGGAUCAGAGAACACUCCACCUGAACCUGAGCUUGUCUCCAGCUCCCUGACACAGAGCCAGCCCCCUCCUCCCUCUUCUGCCCCUCCCUUGCCACCCUCUUCCGGGUCCCAGAUGGAAGAUGGCCGUGUUCUGUUAGAUACCUGGUAUGUCAUUAAGCCAGGCAACACCAAGGAGAAGAUAGCUUUCUUUGUUGCACACCAGUUCAGUGGAGCAGGCCAGCCCAGACCCAGCGCCAUGAAGGUUAAAGGUAACUGGGCAACUGACUGCAGUAAAGCCAAAAGACGAAGACGAUGCUCAUCCUAUGAUCCUCCAACUCGCUCCCAAGCCUCAGAGCCACACCUCAGCCAUGACUCCUCCCUUGCGCCUCCUAGCCCUGAUGAGCCACUUUUAGGAGGGGUGAAUGAGACAGACCUGCUGUCGGUGGCAGAGAUGGUUGCCUUGGUUGAGCAGAGGACCGCCAUGGCCCUCCAGGGAAUUGUGGCUGUUCAUGGGAACCAGCACCACCACCACCAGCCCCCUACUACCACUCACAGUCAGGGCCUUACCCCCCACCAGCACACCCUACUCCGGGGCACAGACCCCACUCCUGUGGUGUUUGUGUCAGACAGUUCAAAUGGCCAGCCCUCCAAAGAGGCUCAGGAGUCAUCAUCUCCCAUCCAGACAGACCAGGAGCUGGAGGAGCAGCAGGAGUCAUGCAGGGUAGCCCAGGCCAUCGCGCACUUUGAGUCCCAGAACCUGGAGAAUCGGCUCCAUCUGGGCGCUGGUCCUGCAACAGACUCUUCUAAUCGAGACAGAGAAAGGGAGUGUAGGAGAGGAGGGGAGUCCGGUGUUGUUACCCCUCCUCCACCCCCCAGCCACAGUCAUGGUGAGGUUAGGAUAGCUUUCCGAGUGUCAAAUCUGGACCCGCGUUCUCAGUUGGAGCCAGCUGGCAGGUCCCGCUGUAUGUUUAUGAGCUGUGGUGGUGGGGGUAACCAGGCAGCAGCCAGGGCCAAAGAGAAAAUCACCUGUGACCUCUACCAGCUCGUCAGCCCCUCAUCUAGAGACCCCAGUAGUCUGCUGCUUGCUGCCACAGCUGCUGCCCCCAAACCAGAUGGAGAUCUCCAUCACCCAGACAGGCAGGCUUGUGGCAGCCCAGAUCCAACACAGGAGCUUUCCUCUGGGGAGAAGAAAGCUGUGGGUGUGAGUAGGGAGAGAGUGACUGGCUUCCAUGUGGAGGUGGUGGUGACAGGUGCUGUAGACCAAUGUGUGUUUUAUGGCAAGGACAGUACAGAGAAUGUGCAGGAGGAGACAGUGUGUUUUGCUAUGCCUAAUGGGGGAGGGGGUGUUGGAGGUGUAGCCAGCUCCACUGACCCUUCAUCAGAUGAUCCCCCUCCUGGACAACUCUUCUUCCUUCAGCCCCCACGGGGCCCAGAGGAGGAUGUAAAAGGAACGGGCACUGGCAGUGGGUCAGGAAUGUGCUCUUUAGACUGUGCCAACAACAAUGGCCCUGGGGCGGGGGUGGCAGUGAGCUCAGGGGAGCGGGCACCUCGACCAGAUUCUCCCAGCGUUGGGGAGGACUGUUCAGACCCUUCGCUGUGUCGCCUCUACCGCCACGUGUCCCAUGACUUCCUGGAGAUUCGCUUUCAGAUUCAGCGCCUACUUGAACCGCGCCAGUACAUGCUGCUGCUGCCCGACCACAUCAUGGUCAACAUCUUCAGCUAUCUGCCGACGCGUUCACUGGCAGCCCUCAAGUGCACCUGCCACUACUUCAAGGUGUUGAUCGAGACAUAUGGGGUGCGGGCAGUGGAUUCGCGUUGGAAUGAAGACCCUCUCUACAGGGAUGAUCCUUGCAAGCAGUGUAAGCGGCAAUAUGAACGAGGGGACGUUUCCCUGUGCCGUUGGCACCCCAAACCUUACCACCAUGACCUGCCUUAUGGACGUUCCUACUGGAUGUGCUGCCGGCGUACAGACAAGGACACACCAGGCUGCCGUGUUGGGCUCCAUGAUAACAAUUGGGUCCAGCAGCCUGUUGAUGGCUCUCAGCCCAUUCGCACCAAGAGGGAGGACAGGAGGGAGGAGGCCAGGUAGAGAGGAACAAGUACAACUCACACAGACCAACUCUCAUCUCCUCCUGCUUACCUCCUGCUCUCUCCCUCUCAUCUCUGUCCGGAGGACGAACAGGAGAAAUGAGGAGUACAAGGAGGAAUUGGCACUCCAGGACUGUUUUGUAUUUCUUUGCUCCAGCACCCCCUUCUCGUACUUGCCCUCAGUGGAGGGAGGUUGAGAGGUAAAGAAGGAAGAGAGGUGUGUCACUCUCCUUGCCUUUUUUGUUUUGUUUUUUUCAAGCCCUCCAGAAUCCCUCUGUCUCCCCACUGGGCUCCAGAGUGGCACCUUUUUAAAAGUUUGCAUACCAGGGUUGGGGUCCCCUCCUGCUGCUGUCAGUCAGCUCUCUUUCUGCCUCUUACUCAUCUGGAUUUCUGUCUAACUCCGUACAUGGUUGUUAGGUAAUUCAUGUGAAAACAUUGCAGUGUAUUUGAUUGAGAUUAGCAUUCAUAAAGUGACGCAUAGAAAUGUAAUGCCCUAGAGCCUGCCUACUGUUCCCAAUACUUGUUCUAUGUUCUGUGUUGUAUCACAAACUUCCAUGUUAGCUGUACAAUGGUGCUUCAAGGAAUGAGCUGUAUUGAGUCCAACAGAUGUAAAAGUUUUCAGUGGUGGAAUGUUCAGCGUUGCUAUAGAAAUGUGAUUGUAUAAAGCAAACUUGAUUUUCUGUUGUACAAGAUUGCCAUUUUUACCUGUCUUAUGCCAUGCGUUUCUAUUUCUCUGAAUGUGCUGUAACGUUGUACUAUGUUGAUUAGUCCCCUGAUAAUGCUGCUGAAAUCAUUGCCUGUGUCACUGAUGUUAAUUCUGAAAUAGCCAUACCAUUGGUUAAUGACAGGCAUGGGCUCACCGUACUAGCCAGCCUCACUGGCCACUGAGACCUGUUCAUGUUAUUGUUUCAGAGUGGACCCUAACCUUGCUGACCAACUAUAAAGAGGAGCCAACGAGUACUUUCUCGUUUAAAGAGAAUAAUGGGAGAUGGAUUGAAUUGAUUAAGACCAGUGGGAUUGAAUGGGAUUAAAAAGAGAAACUUGAUGUCACUUUGGAAAGGCCUGAUGUCACUUUGUAUGGUUUAAUUGAUUUUUUUUAAUUUUUUUUUUUGCCGUUUUGUUUUUUGUUUGGCUGUUUUAUUGGGGUGUGUGUCAGAGAAUGUUUACUGUUGUAUUUGCUUUUAUUCUUGAGGACUGUGUUCUCCCUAUAUCAGUCUGUCACCCUACUCAACCUGCAAAGAUGUAUUUUUUUAAAUACUCCAUCUUUGUUUUAACCCCAGCUCUCUUCUUUUCUCCCUCCCCUCCGUCCUCCGAUUCGGCAGAGGGCAGUGUUUGCCAAAGCCGUCAUUCAUGCUUUAAAGCGGGUGAAACCAACUACCACAGACCGCAGGCACUCUCUACACCAGCUUCCAGCCUUAAAAGCCCCCUACCUCUUACCACCCUGCAGGAAAUUGAGGCGUCAGAUACCUCACAGAUGAUCAAGAGUAUUGGGAGUUGCACAGGACCCUGUAAGUGGCUAGAUUUCAGAUGCUCGAUAUUCUCCAUCCAGCUCUACUGGAUCCACCCAUAACUCUUUGCGUGGAGUGUAAGAUGAACAGUGCCUGGUGACAGCUCUGACUCUUCAUUCUUGGAAAAAUUUCUUCCUCCCCCCGCCCCCCCGCUGUUACACUCCCCCAUCCCUGCAAGCUGACAGACUGGACGUUGUGAUGAAUGAUGUUGAAACUCUGCAUAGAGGUGUGAGGAUGGUUGGGUAAUCAUGGGAGGACUCUGUAGGUUCCAGACAUGUACAAUGCUAAUGGGAAAUAUCUGCUUAAAUAAAAACAGAAGUGAUGAUUAAAACUGGAAAUCUGAA